CUUUCUGAGUUCUCUCUUCUGUUGAAAGAGUCACGUUGAAGAGGAUUUGGAGCCAUUACCUUUGGGGUUGGGGGGGAGGAAGGGAGAAGUGAGUGAAGGAGAGCAAGGGAAGAGGGAGGCACGCUGACAAGGCCAGGCGGAGAAGAGAAGUUGCAGAAUGAUUUUGGGUAGCAUUAACCGGACGGGGGCCAUCCCAGCGUUCCUGCGAACGCCCACCGUGAUCCAGCCCCACCUGGACAUGAAGCCCUUCCUGCAGUUCCCCAUGGACACCCCACCUCCCCCAAGCAUCAGCCUCUUCCACAAUUUCAGCACAAUGGACCCAGUUCAGAAGGCCGUGAUCAACCACACCUUCGGAGUCCCGCUGGUCAAGACCAAGCGUCCAAUCAUCUCCUGUAAUGUAUGCCAGAUCCGCUUCAAUUCCGAGAGCCAGGCCGAGGCCCACUACAAGGGCAACCGACAUGCCAGGAGGGUAAAGGGCAUCGAGACCUCCAAGAGCCGCCCCCAGGAAAUCGACAAGGCCCCGCCUGCCCCCACCGCCUCCCCCUCACCCAUGGGGGCAACGCCGUCUGGCUCCGAGGCUGAUCCCAGCAAGUCAGAUGAAAUGCCCCAGCUACUCCCACAGCUAAAUGGGCCCCAACUGGCCACUGGCUCCCUCCUCCACUCUGCCCAUCCCACCCCAGACUCCACCCUCCUCCCUGUUUGCCCUCCCCUGGCACCUCCCACUGUCCCUGUGUUGCCCUCCUCCUCCUCCGCUCCAGGCUGUGGCACCCCUCAUCCUGAUCAGGGAAGCCCCUCCCCAGGGGUCCCUGGAGGCCCUGCUCUAGGAUCCGUUGGGGGACCUGCCCCAGCCUCUGCCCUUCCGGAGUCUGAAGAGGACAAAGCCAAGAAGCUGCUGUACUGUUCACUGUGCAAAGUGGCCGUCAACUCACUCUCACAGCUGGAGGCCCACAACAAAGGUACCAAACACAAGACCAUCCUAGAGGCCCGGAGCGGUCUUGGCCCCAUCAAGGCAUACCCCCGCCUGGGCCCCAAGUUUGGCGGGGAGCAAGCAGGAGGGGCAGCCGACCCCAACACUCAGGAACGCACCUUCCACUGUGAGAUCUGCAAUGUUAGGGUGAACUCUGAGCUGCAACUAAAACAGCACAUAUCGAGUCGGAGGCAUCGGGACGGAGUGGCUGGGAAGCCAAACCCCCUGCUCAGUCGGCACAAGAAGCACAGGACCACGGAUCUGACGGCUACUCUGCCCUUCUCAAAGGACCUCUCCAAGGCCUUGGGUGCUGGUCUCUUGCCCAGUCCCUUGGCAGUUGCCGCGGCGAUGGCAGCCGCUGCCUCCUCAAACCCAUUGGCUCUCCGUGCAGCAGGCCCGGCACCACACCCACACCCACAUCUAUUGCAAGGCCCACCCCUCAGCCAUGCCCUCUUGAGACCUGCUCCUGGGCCCAUCCGCACCUCCCACGGGCCAAUCCUCUUUUCCCCUUACUGACAUCCCCUCCAGCUUCAGCCCUUCAGGGGCAGCACCUCCAA